AUAUUGCCGUUUAAAAAACUGUUUCAUUUAAUCCUUGGAGUGCGUUAAAAUAUACCUACAGAAGUAAAGAAAAUAUAUUAAAACAUUAAAACUCGUAGUUCGUGCAAAUAUAAAUCGGUAUUUUUACUGUGAGUCGUCUAUGAAAAGCCGUUUUCUUUGCCUUAGACAGAUUAGAUUUUAAAAUCACCAGUUUUGGUUCUACAAAUACAUUUUUAUCUAAAAUGUUUUCAUAUAUUUUCCACAAUGCCGCAGACUUGUGUUAUGCAAACUUUAAGUUAUGCAAUUGCAUUGCAUGAACAGACAGAGGUAUGAAAUAAAUGUAUGUAAUGAAUUUGUAGCUUUUAAGAAUAUACACUUUUAUUUGCUGACGUUCUUGGGAAUAACACUGAUGACUCGUCUGAAUUCUAAAUUAAUUGCGUCCGUAACAAUUACGGAAAAUAUGUACUUAUAAGCUGUGGAGAAUAAUAUCAAGAGUCUUUAACAUGGCAUCUAUACGUUUUUCAAAUAUCAAGUUUAUCAUCUAACUAACACUUUUAGGUGUUUCCAUUAAAAAUUGUAUUAAAUUCCUAGAGAUCGAUAUUUUACUUCAAAACAUGCCCUCGCAUCUUAUUAUUGACUUUUAUUAAUGUUCGAAAUAAUUAGGUUAAAGAAACAUUAUUUCCCAUAUAAAAACAAUACAGUCGCUUGCAAGACAAAACAUAUUAAGUUAGGCAAAAGUUAUUGCGUAGUCCAGUCGGUAAGCAGAUGGAGUCUGUAUUAGUUCUUAGCUUAAUCCAAAUCAUUAGGUAUAUUAUGUUGUUUUAAUAUCUUUAAAGAUACUGAUUAAUUUUGCCUCCUUUACCUCAUUGGGUUAUAUGUUAUAUAGCUGUGAUCCUUCGAAUAUUAUGGUUUACGAGUUAGGGAGAACUAUGUAAUUGGUGUAUCUUCCAAGUUAUUUGGGUGUUUAUUUUAUUUUGUUAGAGAGAAUUUUGUCAAUAAGUAUUUGCGUAUUGUAUGUAUAUAAUUGUUUUACGUUCAUUACGUUGGCAUCCAUAAACAUUGUAAAGGUCUAGUUUAGUUAGAUAAUCAUAAUUGAAUAUAUACUUUAUGAUUUUGUUUUGUAGUAUGUAUAAUUCUUUGAGUCUAGAUUUAGGCUUACUGCCCCUCAAUUUGAUGGAGUAAGUUAGGUGUGAUUUGACAAAUAGGACUCUGACUCUUGAACCUUCAAACAUCUUCAAUUGUAUGAAGUUGAAAUACUUUUCACGCUGGUAUUUAGCACCGUUCCGGUUCCACUGUUUUGUACGGUGACAUUAAUUGGAGCUAAACAGGUGACAAUUUCAUGCGUAGAUAUUCACUUGUUUCAACUGAGAGACAAUACGGUCACUGUCAACAUAUACUUUAGUAGUGCCUAGUGGGAAAUACCUAGUCAUCGUCAGGGCUAUUUUGUAUUAAGGAGAUAAAAAUAAAAAUUUAGGCCAUAUGGAUAAAUUACCAUUGGUAUUCUUACUAAUUAUUUGUGCCGAAUUAAAAGCAACAGAUGAAAUUAAUGCUAGCGAAAAUAGAACUAUUGAGCUGGAUAUUGAAGAGCCUUCAAAAGUUUUAUCGAGAAGGAAAAGGUUUUUGGUGUUUCCAGAAGGCAGCUCCUUCCAGUUGGUAUUCGAGCACCAAAAUCACGGAUAUAUGAUGAUUGGCGAUAUAGUGUGGUUUGCCACCACGGCUGCGUUAGCAUGGGAACUGCCUUCUGACCCCGAUACAUUUUACCUAUUAAAAGAUCACAAAAAACACUAUGGACAAAGACGACAGGAUAGUAAAAAUAUUUUAUUCCUAGACGAAGACGGCAAGGUGAUAGGUAGAAAGCCUUAUAAGAGACGAAUCAUUGUAAACCCAGCUUUUGCCAAACGAAGUGUUCAUGAUGAGAAUGAUCCAAGAGAAAAUAAUUUCAACAAAGAACUCACCAAAAAGGAAAUGCAUGAAACGGAAAUAAAUACUGAUCGCUUUAAAGACUUGGAUGUGAGCAGAGUGGAGUUCCAUAGAGAGACGAGAAGAUCGCUUUAUGAAAAAGUAGAGAAUGUAUUUAAAGGGUUCGGUUGGAACGGGCGGGAGUGCGUCUUGCGUCUGUUGUGCGAAACAGGAAAGCGGGGCAGAGGACAAGGGACCUUCUUGGAAGAGAUUCUGAGGGCGACGUUUACAUUGCCGAAAGGUCGGGAGUUCGGGUCCGCGGCGCACAAGGAGUACGAUAUUGCCCACGGGACGCGGGGCGACUGCAUCGCCUUGUACCCAGACUGCAGAAGCGCAUCGAUCAAAUAAAAGAGCACUUUAACUUUUAUAGAAAACAAUUGGGUUUUAUUUCGACUACCUGUGUGUCUCGAUGUACUUUGCUUCUCUUUACAUUAUUUCCCUUUGCUUGUGUUUAAAGAACUUUUUUAUUGGGAAAAUGGGGGUUAUAUUACUAUGUUGUUGUUAAAGUAUUAAGUAGUUCGAUAGCGAAAGUGAUAAGCGCGUUCGGCUGCGAUUGUUG